UUUUUUACUUUCGAAACAUUUUUCUCGUUCGUUCAGUACUUGAUAAACUUUUGAAACAGUCAAUCUGGUAGAAUAAUGAUUUCUCCACAGACUGAGAUGUCUCCUAGCUCUUCACCAUGUUUUCUGAUAGAGUUAUGGUCAUUUUGUUGGAAGUACUGAACGAACGAGAAAAAUGUUUCGAAAGUAAAAAACUAAGGUUUUUUCAGAGUAAAGUAAUAAACUUUAAAAAAUUCGAAUCUGCUCAACGAAAGGCUUUGGAGAGUUGGAAGUGGUCUUCUUUUGUAGAGGACACGUUACUCUAUAAUGCACAAUAGUUAACUCAAAAAUAAAAAAUAUGUCUAAAAAAGGAGGGGUUACCGUUAAUUUUCUCUCACGGUACGCAACAGAAUUUGAUAAUAUAUACACCAUUGGAUCGAGGAAGUCUUCCUCUAGAAACCUACACAUAUCCCGUUUUGUGGUCAAAAUUCACCGUGAAAGUCAUAGUCGCCUUUUGGCUUGGAAUUUGUUGAUAAUUUUUUUGAAUGUCUGUAUACAUUGAUCCAUAAUAACGAUAAAACAAAACAAGAAGGCAGUCAUCGUGUAGCAGCAGAAAUUACUGCUGGAAUAAUAUGUGGCUCAAAAUAUUGGACAGUAAAUACGCUUGAUAAACUUUGGAACAAAUUGACACCAUUUUUAAAAGAAGUAUUUUCAAAUUUAUCACCAGAAACAUUGACAUAUUGGGGAACUUGUUUUAAAUUAGGCAUGGAAGACGAAGAUCCCCGUCGAAUGUACAAACCAAAUGAGUAUAUUCUUUCAUUAACUACUGAACAAACAUCGGCAAAUACAUUUAAUGGAACAUCAUGUUGGUAUUUUACACAGACAAUAUCCAAUUUUGAGUGGCGAGUAUCAACAGUUUGGAAAACAAUCAAUAAACACGCUACAGAAUUACUUGAUCAUCCAUUUAAAGCAGGUCGUGAACGUAUUGCAAAAACACCAUUAGCAAACGUAACCGGACAAGUUGUUGAAAUUGAUUUUGAGGGAAGAAAGGCUUUAAAUUUUAUUGAGACUGCAAUUCAACUAUUGACGCACAUGUUUAGUAGAUCUUUACAACCAGUGAAAGAGAGUAUUAUUCGAAUAUUUCCAUUGCUUUGUGAAGUUGAAAGUAUUGUAUCAAAUGAUGAAGUAAUUCGAAAAAAUUUGAUUGUUACUCGUUUAUGUAUUGCAAUGACCGAUGUGUUGCAGCCAUGUGAAUAA